CCCGACGAUGCCACCCAGUCAAGAUCGUGUCUUCGAGCAUUCCCCUGGUAGCUCUGCUUGCACGAAACGAUGUUCCCCGCACGAAGCUCUUCACGGCUGCAAAGUUUCGGUGCCAGCAUCGCCUCACGGGCGAAGGAAGGUGAUCAGUGAUCCCGAGCUUUGGAGGCGCUUAAACUCGCCCUUGGAGUCCGAGCCAGCGCCCCGCAGAUCCAAGAAGUCGAGAACAGCAGAGCUCUCAACUUCGUCCCUGGAAUACCACGAGCCUCAGGAGCGCGGGAGGAACUCUGUCAGCCCAGCUUGGUGCCGGUUAUGUGAGAUCGAUUGCUUCACAGUGGAAGGUCUCAAGCACCAUAGCAAGACUCGCGAUCAUAUGGACAGAUCGCUCGACAUAGUUUCGUCCAUCAAGAGCAGAAGUUGGCGAGCUCGCAGAAGCUAAAGCUAAAUAUUUUCUUGGUCUCGGACUUUAUAUAUUAUACGUAUUCAAAGAUCCCCAAAAGUCUUGAUUCUCCCGGGACUUUUGGAUUGUCUUGUUUUCGAGAGGGAGGAAGUUCUCUAGGGCCUAUUGGUUAUGGCCGAUCAGUGUCCGCCUCUAGCAUGGGCAGCUGAUUACUAUGUGACAGUCAACGGGCAAUGCCAGCGCCAGAGUAGCUACUUUGGCAACCGCCCUUCGCUCAGCCAAGGCGUGGGAUAUGGUGUUGUUCUUGGAUUUGGAGCGUUUUUUGCGUUCUUCACUUCGUUUCUGGUUUGGCUGGAGAAGCGGUAUAUUGGAGCCAAGCACACCUCCGAGUGGUUCAACACAGCCGGUCGAAGCAUCAAGACGGGUCUCAUUGCGAGUGUGAUCGUUUCUCAGUGGACUUGGGCAGCAACAAUCUUGCAAAGCUCGAAUGUUGCCUGGGAAUACGGUGUCAGUGGCCCGUUCUGGUAUGCCAGUGGGGCUACCAUUCAGGUUCUGCUCUUUGGAAUCAUCGCAAUUGAGAUAAAAAGAAAAGCUCCUUCGGCUCACACGGUCUGCGAAAUCGUGCGCGCAAGAUUCUGGUUUUGCAGAUGGGGAUUUGAAGCUCAUAUGGUGUUUCUUUCCUUCUGUUUCCUGACCAAUGUAAUCGUCACGGCAAUGUUGCUGCUAGGUGGCUCCGCAGUAGUGAAUGCUCUUACGGGAGUCGACAUAUAUGCGGCAAGCUUCCUCAUACCUCUUGGAGUGAUCGUUUACACUCUUGCCGGAGGAUUGAAAGCAACGUUUCUGGCUAGCUAUAUUCACUCUGUAAUCGUUCACGUCGUGCUUGUCAUAUUCGUCUACCUCGUCUACACGUCAAGCAGCAAGUUGGGAAGCCCGAGCGAUGUUUAUCGCAAACUUGUGGCAGCCGCGAGCAAGGAGAGAAUCUGCAGUGAGCCUCUCUCACACGCAGGCCAGGCCUGUGGUCCGGUAAGCGGCAACUAUGGCGGGUCAUAUGUCACAAUGCUCAGCUCCGGCGGCCUCGUUUUUGGGAUCAUCAACAUCGUGGGAAACUUUGGCACAGUUUUCGUUGACAACGGCUACUGGAUGAGCGCUAUAGCCGCCCGGCCUUCGUCAACUCAUAAAGGUUACUUGUUGGGAGGCCUGGUCUGGUUUGCGGUCCCUUUCUCGCUGGCAACGUCACUCGGACUUGGUGCUCUCGCGCUGGAUCUUCCACUCACGGCAAGUGAGGCUGGCCAUGGACUUGUGCCGCCGGCUACGGCCACUGCUCUCAUGGGAAACAGUGGUGCCAUCCUACUGCUCACCAUGCUCUUCAUGGCCGUCACCUCCGCGGGAUCCUCGGAGCUCGUAGCAGUGUCGUCGCUGUGCACGUAUGACAUCUACCGGACAUACAUCAACCCCAAGGCGACCGGGAAGCAGAUCUUGAGGGUCUCGAGGCUCGUGGUUCUCAGCUUUGGAUGCUUCAUGGGAGUUUUAGCCGUGGCUCUGAACAAGGCUGGCGUCUCGCUCGGCUGGAUGUACCUCGCAAUGGGAGUCAUGGUUGGCUCUGCGGUGAUGCCGAUAGCUUUCCUUCUCCUGUGGAGCAAGGCCAACGCGAAGGGUGCGAUCGCGGGAACUAUAGUGGGAUGUAUAGCCGGGGUGACGACAUGGCUUUCAGUGACCAAGGCCGAGUAUGGACGCGUGAACUUGGACACCACAGGCAGGAACGCACCAAUGCUGGCUGGGAACCUGGUGUCCAUACUCACCGGCGGUGCUAUCCACGCUUUGCUGAGCUACUUACAGCCCGAGAGCUACACCUGGGACACCACCAAGAACAUAACCAUGGUGGAGGUCGACGACAAACCGGAGGUUUCGGAGGAGGAACUCAGCGAAGCGAAGCUGCAACACGCUCGAAAGUGGAUCAUUCGGUGGGGCGUGGGGUUCACUCUGCUGAUAGCAGUGCUGUGGCCCUUGGCGUCACUUCCGGCCAAGGAGUUUAGCUUGGAAUACUUCACGUUCUGGGCCGUGAUCGCCAUCGUGUGGGGGACCGUGGGCUCGGUGGUGAUCAUCCUGCUGCCGCUGGUGGAGAGCUGGGAGACGAUCAUGCUGGUACUCAAGGGGAUGUUUACGUUUAACAGCAGCCCGGUUGAGACGAAGAAGCCUCACCAGACUGGUGUGAUCGCCGGACCCUGAUACGAAGGAAGAACAACACACCAAGUACGUAAUUCUUUGUAUGAUUUCUCAUUCCUUUCCAGGAGAAGUUUGUGAUUAAAGUUCAAGAAUAAGCUCGCUCGGCACCAAGUACGUAUAUAAUGUUUGUUUCAUACUUGUUCUUAAUGGGAAAACCACACUUUAAUUAAAGCUUUCUUGAGCUCA